UCAGAGGAAGACGGCGACGAGGACGACUACUCCGCGUCGGCGUGUGCGAUCAUGCAGAGACGGAGCUCCAGCAGACGCCAAAGCAGGCGGAAACGACGCCCGUCGUCCCCUUUCAGCGUCGAAGCCGAAGCUACGUUUCGACGAAGAUCGUCUGUCUACACCAUCAGCUCCGGAGAAACUGCGAUUUCGAUAGAGGAAAGCGGGAGCCAGGAGCAGAUAUUCGAGAAACUGAAGCUGCACAAGGAAGUGUUGAGCGGAGUGAAGCAACAGCCGUGGCCGCUUCGUCGGAAGAUCAGGCUCGUGAGGCAAGCGAAGGCUUACGUCAGGAGGCACGAAGGAGUCCUUCAGGAACGACUGGCUCACACGAGGAGCACCAAAGACGCCAUUGCGCGGAUCUCGUUGUUCACUACAAAGAAAUGGCAAUAUUGCAGAAGAGAAAUAGUGAACCUUCAGACCUGGUUGAUUCCUUGGGAGCUUCGUAUCAAGGAAAUAGAGUCUCAUUUCGGAUCCGCGGUAGCUUCCUACUUUACGUUCCUUCGAUGGCUGUUCUGGAUCAAUCUCGUCAUGUCGGCCAUCAUCACAGCGUUCGUAGCCAUUCCAGAGGUGCUCACAGCAGACCCAGCUGCAGCCGGGGAGCGGAAGAUCAUGCUCAGAGAAGAGAAAAUCAAAUCCAAGCAUCUGCUUACCCUGUGGGAAUUCGAAGGGGUCCUCAAGUACUCCCCGUUCUUCUAUGGCUGGUACACCAAUCAAGAUUCUCAGAGCGGCUACAGAUUGCCUUUGGCCUACUUUGUUACCAAUUUGGUGCUUUACAUCUACAGCUUCGUCGCUAUACUGCGCAAAAUGGCGGAGAAUUCUAGGCUGAGCAAGCUCACUGAAAAGGAGGACGAGUGCGUGUUUUCUUGGAAGUUGUUCACAGGGUGGGACUUCAUGAUCGGCAACACCGAAACUGCUCACAACAGGAUGGCCAGCAUCGUUCUUGGAUUCAAGGAGAAUCUGCUCGAGGAGGCUGAGAAAGAAAAAGACGAAAGGAACUGGAAGAUCAUAUCGAUGAGGAUCUUCGUGAACACCUCCGUGAUGUCGCUGUUGACGUUGUCUGCAUACGCUGUGAUAAAGGUGGUAGCUCGUAGCGCCGAGGAACUAGAACAGAACAAUUGGUGGAGGCAGAACGAAAUCACGGUAGUGAUGUCCCUGAUUACUUACUUCUUCCCCAUAUUCUUCGAGAUACUAGGCCUGCUGGAGAGCUACCAUCCCAGGAAGCAACUUCGCGUGCAGCUUGCGCGAAUAAUGGUUCUGAAUUUAUUGAACCUCUACUCCUUGAUAUUCGCACUGUUCGGCAAAAUAAAUUCGAUGAAGCAAGAUUUACGUGUCCUGCAACCGAAGAUGGAGAUUUGCUCGCACGAGCCCAUCGAGUGCACCGGAGAUAUGAAGAAGUCGAGGCAGUUGGUCACUCUGGCGUCUCUGAGUCUUAUUCUGGCGAGCAAUGUUACCGAUCUACAGUACAGAAAUGAAACAGAUCUCCAAGUACCCGUUGACCCUGCACUGCCACCGAGCUCGUUAAUGCCAAAGAACUUCUUCUUGAACCCAAUAAUGGACGACAAGUCUCUAGAAGAGAUAUACAACGUGGGCGACUAUGCAUCCCCUGAUUACGAGAAUUACGACGGGGAUGAAACGAAAGCCAACGAAACCGCGUCGUUCUCGACAGAAAACGUACUCCGAGAUAACUCCACGUUGGAAUUGCUCGAAUUGAACAGUACACUCGAUACGACUACUGCUACUGUUGAUGACAAUUUCACAGAGAUUUCUUACACUGGAUUAAGCGAAGAGAAUAGCGACGCUUCGUUAUCCAGCGUGGAUUUGAACGAAAGUACAGGUUAUGGUGAAAUAAUUGAGUCGACAGGAAGUGGUACAAAUAAUAUGAGCACCACCGAGGAAGAUUAUUUAAGUACUUCGUCCAUGGACGACGUCCUGGACGCUUCGUCGUCUUCGAUAGUAACUGAAGAGUUUGACGAGCAUCCAACGAUUACUAUGGAAGAAACGACGGAUGAAUCAGCUACCGUUGACAGUUCUUCGGCAUCGUUGAACGAAGGAUUAACUUCCCUGGUGAAGGAAGAUGAAGUUGUGAAGUGCUUCGAGAGAGUCUGCACGACGACGACUGAAGAUCCAACUGCUUCGUCGAAGACAUUGAACCUGAAGAGUAGGAAGAAGCUUCGUCGCCUGUGCUGGGAGACGAUGUUUGGCCAGGAGCUCGCCAAGCUAACGGUCAUGGACGUGGUUCUCACUAUAGUAUCCACGCUCAGCAUAGACUUCUUCAGGGCAGUGUUCGUUCGUUACAUGAAUAAUUGCUGGUGCUGGGACUUGGAGAAGCAAUUUCCUCAGUACGGAGACUUCAAAAUCGCGGAGAACAUACUCCAUCUGGUCAACAAUCAAGGGAUGAUCUGGAUGGGGAUGUUCUUCAGUCCUGGUUUGACUGCGUUGAACCUCCUCAAGCUUGGUAUUCUCAUGUACCUGAGAUCUUGGGCGGUUCUCACUUGCAACGUCCCACACGAGGUGAUUUUUCGAGCCUCCAGAUCCAAUAAUUUUUACUUCGCCCUCUUGUUAACGAUGCUCUUCUUGUGCGUGUUGCCUGUCGGCUACGCGAUCGUUUGGGUGGAGCCAUCUUGGCAUUGCGGUCCAUUUUCGGGUUACAAGAAAAUCUACCACCUGGCUACAAAACAGCUCACGGACUCCCUUCCAGAACCGAUUCAAAGAUGUCUUGAUUACAUUGCUUCACCGGGUAUCGUGAUCCCUCUGAUCGUCCUAAUGACUCUAAUCAUUUACUACAUGGUGUCUCUUACCAGCUCUUUGAGAGAGGCCAACAACGACUUGAAGAUACAAUUGCGUCACGAGCGCACCGAAGAGCGUCGCAAGCUGUUCAGAAUAGUCAAGAGAAGGGACGAACUGAUCGACUCGUCGUUUUACAAAUGGAAGAAGAUGUUACCCGCGUUAUCAAAAAAAUCCACGAAGCCUAGACUCUCCAAAGGUGAAGCGGAAAUUGAAGCUGUCGAAUUGACGGAUGUGGACGAGAACCCGUUUCCGCCUGACCGAACACCGAGUCCAUAUGUUCCCGAAAGUAGCUCCAGAGGACCAAUUAAUGGACGUUCAAGGUGAUGACUCCAAAUUGUAUAGUUGUUGAAAUUCACAAUUCUUAAUCACAGUGUUAAUCACUUAUUGUGCUGGAAUAUUCUAUAUUAUACUGUAUCAUGCUGCAUCAUGCUAUAGCACCAUCCCGUAGCACCAUAUUAUACGCUGUAUCGUACAGUCGAUAUUACGCUGUAUUUUGCAGCGUUCUGCUGGGUUUUUUUUGUUCUACAUUUUAUUUAUACAAAGUUCGUGAUCAGGAUGACGAAGGUCCUCCGUGAUUCGUGGGAGUCGCAGUCC